GAGUUUUCUCGGAGGUCGCUGUCUGAGAGAUCUUGGAUGGCGAUUUCAUUUGUAUCCUUCUGCUUCUCUUUCUCUCUCUCUCUCUCGGUGGACACAACCGUGAAACCCUAACCCUAACCCUAACCCUAACCCCUAAACCCUAACCCCCCCUAGACACUCCACAAACUCUACUACUGCUCAGCCAUUACAGCGAAAGCACCAGUUUUGUACGACCAUCUCUCUCUUUCUCUUUGGCUUGAUGCCCCCCCUUCACUUUGCGUCAUAUGAGCUAUAGCUCUCUCUCUCUCUCUCUCUCUCUCUAUCUAUCUAUCUUUUGCUGUAUCGCCGUCUUCUGAAACCCUAGCCAUCAAUCCGGAAGAGAACCUCGACGCAAAACGAAGGAGUAGGUGGGAUCGAGGAUCUAAUCAGUGGCAUUUAACCUGGUUUUGAAUGCUUUCUUGUUGGAUUUCACUGAGAAAAGCUGGGGUGCAAAUCGAAGGAAUCGAGGAGGAAAGCUAGGGUAGUUGCUGGAGAUCGGGGUGAGGACUCAAGAAGCAUGCGACAUGCGACAUUCUCCAGUCUGAUCGAGCUGGCGCUGAAGUUUUUUUAACGGAAAACCAACAAAUUUGUAUUAAAAAAUGGUGAUGAGAGAUGGUGGGAAGAAGAAGAAGGGAGGGGAGAGCAUUGGGAGGGAGUUUUUUAAUGGAGAUUUUACAGAAAGGAUGUGAAUUUUUUAAUGGUUGCAUAUCUUUGAGAAAUCCACGAGUUUGAUCCUGUGCAACUGGUGUUGUCUCCCUGAAGUAAGCGCGAGCCAGCAUUGGAUUCCAAGUUUCCUUCUUUUUGUUUUUAGCUUGAAGAGCAAUGGAAUGAUGCGUGUGGUUCAUCCUGGUUUGAAGUAGAGAGUGAGGAUGGGAUAUGAGAUGGGAGGGGAAAGGAGGAGGUGGUGGGUGAACAGGACCGCUAUGGUUGUGGUUUGGGUGGUGGUUUCAACGGCGAUAUGGGCGGGCUUGCAUUUGUAUAUCCGGAGAGUGAGCAUGCGCAAGGCUGAGGAGGCGCUGGUGAGCAUGUGCGAAGAGAGAGCUCGGAUGAUCCAGGACCAGUUUGCGGUGAGCGUCAACCAUGUCCAUGCUCUUGCCAUCCUCAUCUCCACUUUCCACUACCAGAAGCAGCCCUCCGCCAUUGAUCAGGAGACAUUUGCUCAUUAUGCGGCCAGGACUGCAUUUGAGCGGCCAUUACUCAAUGGUGUGGCAUAUGCGCAACGGGUUGCUAAUUCUGAAAGAGAUAAGUUUGAGAAUGAGCAAGGUUGGAUAAUCAAGACUAUGAAGCGGGAUCCAUCACCUGUGCAAGAUGAGUAUGCACCUGUUAUAUUCUCCCAGGAGACAGUCUCCUACAUUGAGGCCCUUGAUAUGAUGUCUGGAGAGGAGGACCGUGAGAACAUCUUAAGAGCUCGGGCUACUGGGAAAGCUGUUCUCACAAACCCAUUUAGAUUGUUGAAAUCCAAUCACCUUGGUGUGGUUUUAACAUUCCCAGUCUAUCGAUCUGGCCUUCCACCGGAUGCUACAGUUGAUGAUCGAGUAAAGGCUACUGCUGGAUAUCUUGGUGGAGCUUUUGAUGUUGAGUCACUUGUGGAUAAUUUGCUGAGACAACUUGCUGGCAGUCAAGAAAUUAUGGUGAAUGUCUACGAUGUCACAAACAUUUCUAAGCCGUUGAUCAUGUAUGGACCACAGCAACCAGAUGGUUACAUGUCACUGUCACAUGUCAGUAUGCUUGAUUUUGGUGAUCCAUUCAGGAAGCACCAUAUGAUGUGCAGGUACAGUCAGAAGCCUCCUAUUCCAUUGUCAGCCAUUACUACCCCAUCUGGUGUCUUUGUGAUAUGCAUGCUUGCAGGAUAUAUAUUGUAUGCUGCUUGGAACCGCUAUGACAAUGUCAAAGAAGACUGUCGAAAAAUGGAAGAGUUGAAAGUUCAGGCAGAGGCUGCAGAUGUUGCUAAAUCCCAGUUUCUCGCGACUGUCUCGCAUGAGAUACGAACUCCUAUGAAUGGGGUCCUUGGAAUGCUAGACAUGCUAUUGGACACAGACCUGAAUUUAACCCAAAAGGAUUAUGCUCAAACUGCGCAAGUUUGUGGAAAAGCAUUGAUAUCAUUGAUUAAUGAGGUUCUUGACCGUGCAAAAAUUGAAGCUGGCAAACUUCAAAUUGAGGCAGUUCCAUUUGACUUGCGAGCUGUUCUUGAUGAUGUAAUUUCAUUAUUCUCUCCGAAGUUGAGAGAGAAGAAGGGCAUUGAGCUUGCUGUUUUUGUCUCUGAUAAAGUUCCUGAGGUUCUUACGGGUGAUCCUGGGAGGUUUCGCCAAAUAAUAACAAAUCUUGUGGGGAACUCUGUGAAGUUUACUGAAAGAGGCCACAUUUUUGUCCAAGUCCAUCUAGUGGAGCACUCAAAUAUGGUGACAGAUGCUAAAUCUGAAGCACAUCUAAAUGGAUGGUCAGAUGAGCAUGAAGUCAAAUCAUGUAGAACUAUAUUCAAUACCUUGAGUGGUGUUGAAGCUGCUGAUAACAGGAAUAGUUGGGACAAUUUCAAGCAUCUACUUUCUGAUGAGACAUCCUUGCCUGAUGCUUCUGGAAAUGAGAUGCCUGGUGACAAGGAAUCUGCUAAAGUGACCUUGACUGUAAGUGUAGAGGAUACUGGGAUUGGGAUCCCAUUACAAGCACAGGAUCGGGUUUUCACACCUUUCAUGCAAGCUGACAGCUCAACUUCAAGGAAUUAUGGUGGAACUGGUAUUGGAUUGAGCAUCAGUAAGUGUCUAGUUGAACUAAUGGGUGGACAGAUAAACUUCAUAAGCCGGCCUCAUGUUGGCAGCACGUUUACAUUUACUGUUGUCCUCAAAAGAUGCAAGGGAAGUGCAAUUGAUGAAGCAAAGAGAGCACUACCUGAGCCUCUUCCUAUUAGUUUUCGAGGAAUGAAAUCAAUACUGAUAGAUGAAAGACCUGUUAGAGGUGCUGUAACGAAGUACCAUCUGCAAAGACUAGGCGUAACAGUUGAUAUUGCAAGUACCAUGAAGACGGCAUUUAAUGCAAAAGCUGGGCAAAAUGGUUGCACUCGAAGUCACAUAAAACAACCAAAGAUAAUCCUAGUUGAAAAGGAUUCCUGGACUUCAGGGAUGGAUACUUGCUUGGGCAAUCAAUUAACAGAGUGGAAACACAAUGGCCGGUUGUCUGAAGUGCCCAAGGUUAUCCUUCUGUCGACAUCUGAAUCAGAUAAAACAAAGUGUUCUUAUGUUGAUACUGUGAUCAUGAAGCCCCUGAGGGCAAGCACAAUCGCUGCAUGCCUUCAGCAGGUACUGAGAAUGGGGGUGCCACAGAGGAAGCAAUUGCCUAAUGGAUCGGCUUUCCUUCAUAAUCUUCUUGCUGGAAAGAAUAUAUUAGUGGUUGAUGAUAAUAAGGUUAAUCUAAGAGUUGCUGCAGGUGCCCUGAAGAAAUAUGGGGCAAAUGUAGCUUGUGCCGAAAGUGGUAAAGGUGCUCUUUCCCUUCUUCAACUGCCACACAAGUUUGAUGCCUGCUUCAUGGAUGUUCAGAUGCCAGAAAUGGAUGGGUUUGAGGCAACUCGGCAGAUUCGUUUAAUGGAGAGCAAGGCAAAUGAGGAAGCUAGGCAUGGAGGCAUGACUCCGCAUGACACAACAGAAAAGGUUGGGUGGCACCUGCCGGUUCUAGCCAUGACAGCCGAUGUCAUUCAGGCAACUUAUGAAGAGUGCAUGAAAUGCGGGAUGGACGGCUAUGUCUCAAAGCCUUUUGACGAGCAACAACUCUAUCAAGCGGUUGCAAAGUUCCUGAUAUCCAAAGCCAACCCAGAUUCAGAAAAAUAAUUCUCAUCUUGAAAACAAGGGGAACAUAUAAACACACUGAUGCAGCUGAUGACCAUUCUUCUGGUUUACCUAAUGUUGUUGCUUCCAUUAUCAGUAACCAGAUAACAACACCAGAAUUCUCGAGCUUGUAAACUGGGCCGGUAUCUUUCCUAGAGACUUGGCUGGUGAUGAUGCUCACACGCAAUGUAAAAUACGAGAUCAAGCAGAUGUACAGGUGUGUCUCUCUGUAGCAAAAUCAGAUGCUUGUGGGAACUAGAAAGGUGUAUAGUGUAUUUUUCCUCCUAUGGCACUUCCUAUGUUUUCAUUCUUUCAGAGCUCCAGUGGGCAUAUAAUUUUGCUCUGUACUAAAAAAGUUUGAGUAGAGAUCAUGUCUGUCUAAAGCCUGUAUUCUAUAUUUCUCUUCCGCUCUGGUGAGCUUAGAAUUGAAUCUUCUGUACACCAUCCAUUGCAUGCCAUGGCAUAUUGGUUGAAAAUGAAACACCAUUGCUCACUGGAUGGUGCUGGAGAUAUAAAUAAAGAAAACUCAUUUGAAUGAAUGGUUGCUAUAUUUCAUUUU